CUCACCCUGUCCUUGGAAUGGUUCUGGCUGGGUUGCAGCCUCUAGGUGAUGUGGGGGAAAUUCAGGACUGGUUUAGGGCGGGCCCAAGAUUCAGAACACAGGUUUCCUUGUUUCUGCUGGAGACGAGGGCAGGAGGAAACCGGAGACCCCAUUCCUCUCCUGGUCACUCUCUUGCUCUUAGUCAUCAUGGCUCGGUCCCUGGUGUUUCUUGGUGUCAUGGUCUUACUGUCAGCCUUCCCAAGACCUAGUGUGACUGGCCGCGCCAUGCCCAAGCUGGCUGACCAGAAGCUCUGCGCCGAUGAGGAAUGCAGCUACCCCAUCUCCAUGGCUGUCGCCCUUCAGGACUAUGUGGCCCCUGACUGCCGUUUCCUGACCAUACACAGGGGCCAAGUUGUAUAUGUCUUCUCCAAGCUGAAGGGCCGUGGGCGGCUCUUCUGGGGAGGCAGCGUUCAGGGCGAUUACUAUGGAGACAUGGCUGCCCGCCUGGGUUAUUUUCCCAGUAGCAUUGUUCGAGAGGACCAGACCCUGAAACCUGGCAAAAUUGAGGUGAAGACAGAUGUGAGUGUCCUGGGACUGGCAGGGAUGUGGAGGGACUCUUGGGUGUGA